AUGUCGGCCACAGGGCGGGUAAUAAACCUGCCUGAGCCUGGCUGUGUCCCAUCGUCCGAGGAGCCCAGAGGCAGGCGUUCCCAAGCGACACUCCUGCAGAAAGCACUGGCCGGGGAUGAGGGUUUGGCCACUGCAUGUUCUUCAGAGAAAGCUGAUAACAGCAGGGGCAGCAGUGCGCGGCUCCCUGUCUCUAUCCGAACGUUUGCUGUCAGGUCUGGGCAGAUAUUUCUCUUUUCCACUUUGUACGAAUGCCCGUGUCUCACGGAACCUUCUCUCUCCCUGCAGAGCUGCACGCUGCCCCAGGAGAUAGGAGAAGAUCUGCCCACCACAGAAGCAGCAAAGCGUGAGGGGACAACUUCCCAAACGGUGAAUCCUGAGCAACUAGGCAGACAGAUGGAGAGCUGGCAGGCAGCGACUGCCUAUGAAGAAAUGGGUCCGGGAGGGAUUAAUGCCAUCGCUGGAGUCCUUGUUCAGUCCACCAAGGAGAAGAUGAGCCUCUACCAGGCCAUGAUGAGAGGUGUUCUCACGCCGGGCACCGCGCUGGUGCUGCUGGAGGCGCAGGCUGCCAUGGGGUUCAUCAUCGACCCAGUGAGGAACAAGAAGGUGCCAGUGAGAGACGCACUCGCUGCUGGGCUGACAGGUGGAGAUUAUUACGGGAAGCUGCUCUCUGCAGAGAGAGCAGUGACCGGAUACACUGACCCCUACACGGGCAACAAGAUCUCCCUCUUCCAGGCCAUGGAGAGAGACCUGAUAGUCAAAGACCACGGCAUCCGCCUGCUGGAGGCCCAGAUCGCCACCGGAGGCAUCAUCGACCCCGUGCACAGCCAUCGAAUCCCUGUGGAGGUGGCUUACAAGCGGGGCUACUUCGACCAAGAGUUAAAUCGGAUCCUUUCUGACCCCCAAAAUCACAGCAGAAGCUGUUUCGACCCCAACACUCACGAGAACCUCACCUACAUGCAGCUCCUCAGCAGAUGCGUCCCAGACCCAGACACAGGGCUCCUGAUGCUUCAGCUGAUGCACAAAAGCUCCGUGCUCUUCCAGCUAGAUGAAAAAACACGAACCUGCUUACAGUCUGCCCCUGCCACCGUCAGCGUGGGACUCUUCCAGGGGCAGAAGGUGACCGUGUGGGAGCUUCUCUUCUCCAGAUACGUCCCUGACCAGAAAAGGCAGGAGCUUCUGAAGAAGUACAAAGCGGGGACGCUAACCAUUCAGGAAAUGACAACCAUCAUCACCACCCUUAUCACCGAGGCAGAGCAAAAGAGCAGCAGAGAGCCCAGGCCCGUGAAAAGUCCGAGCACGCAACGGGCAACGUCACAGAAGGCCGAGGCUGCCCAUUCGCAGAGAGAUGAAAAACGGGAAAAGGCCUUAAAGACUACGACAGUCGACGGGCUGGGGGGCGAGUUCCAAGGGCGAAAGGUCUCUGUGUGGGAUCUGCUAUUCUCCAAAUACGUCCUUGAAGAGAAAAGACAAGAGCUUCUGAAUAAGUACAGAGCAGGGACGCUAACCAUUCAAGAUAUGAUAACCAUCCUCACCACCAGCGUUACUGAGGCCGAAGGGAAAAGCAGAAAACUCCCCACAACUAGGAAAACCCCCAGCAAAGAGACGAGGACGCCAUCUGAGAAAGACAAAGAUGCCACCUCCUGUGAAGAGCAACAAACGGAAAAGGCCUUAAAGUCUACCCUGGUGGAGGUGCCGGCGGGAGAGUUCCACGGGCGAAAAGUCUCUGUGUGGGAUUUGCUCUUCUCCAAAUACAUCCCCGAAGAGAAGAGGAAGGAGCUCCUGGAGUUGCACAGAGCUGGGAUAUUAACCACGGACCAAAUGAAAACCAUCGUCACCACCAUCGUAAGCAAAACAGAGGAGAAAAGUCACCAUCUACCAGGACAUGGGGAAAGUCCCAGUGCAGAGACGACAACAUCAGAGGAUGCUGAGACUCCUGGCUCAUUGUGCGACAAACAUUUGGAAAACACUUUGCGGUUGGAGACUGUCGAUGUUCCUGUCGGGGAAUUCAAAUGGCAGGAGGUUUCCCUGUGGGAGCUUCUCUUCUCUAGCUACAUCUCUGAAACCAAAAGACAGGAGCUUCUGAAUAAGUACAGAGCAGGGACGCUAACCAUUCAAGGUAUGAUAACCAUCCUCACCACCAGCAUUACUGAGGCCGAAGGGAAAAGCAGAAAACUCCUCACAACUAGGAAAACCCACAGCAAAGAGACAAGGACGCCAUCUGAGAAAGACAAAGAUGCCACCUCCUGUGAAGAGCAACAAACGGAAAAGGCCUUAAAGUCUACCCUGGUGGAGGUGCCGGCGGGAGAGUUCCACGGGCGAAAAGUCUCUGUGUGGGAUUUGCUCUUCUCCAAAUACAUCCCCGAAGAGAAGAGGAAGGAGCUCCUGGAGUUGCACAGAGCUGGGAUAUUAACCACGGACCAAAUGAAAACCAUCGUCACCACCAUCAUAAGCAAAACAGAGGAGAAAAGUCACCAUCUACCAGGACAAGGGGAAAGUCCCAGUGCGGAGACGACAACAUCAGAGGAUGCUGAGACUCCUGGCUCAUUGUGCGACAAACAUUUGGAAAACACUUUGCGGUCGGAGACUGUCGAUGUUCCUGUUGGGGAAUUCAAAUGGCAGGAGGUUUCCCUGUGGGAGCUGCUCUUCUCUAGCUACAUCUCUGAAACCAAAAGACAGGAGCUUCUGAAUAAGUACAGAGCAGGGACGCUAACCAUUCAAGAAAUGAUAACCAUCCUCACCACCAGUGUUACCGAGGCUGAAGGGAAAAGCAGAAAACUCCCCACAACUAGGAAAACCUCCAGCAAAGAGACGAGGCCGCUAUCUGAGAAAGACAAAGAUGCCCCCUCCCGUGAAGAGCAACAAACGGAAAAGGCCUUAAAGUCUACCCUGGUGGAGGUGCCGGCGGGAGAGUUCCACGGGCGAAAAGUCUCUGUGUGGGAUUUGCUCUUCUCCAAAUACAUCCCCGAAGAGAAGAGGAAGGAGCUCCUGGAGUUGCACAGAGCUGGGAUAUUAACCACGGACCAAAUGAAAACCAUCGUCACCACCAUCGUAAGCAAAACAGAGGAGAAAAGUCACCAUCUACUAGGACAUGGGGAAAGUCCCAGUGCAGAGACAACAUCAGAGGCUGAGGAUGCCCAUUCACAAGAGAAACACUUGAAAAAGUCCUUAAAGCGUGUGACCAUCUAUGUAAAUGCUGGUGAGUUCCAAGGGCAAAAUGUCUCCUUGUUAGAUCUUCUCUUCUCUAAACACAUCCCUCAAGAGAAGAGGCAGGAGCUCCUGGCGUUGUAUAGAACAAGGGUUUUAACCAUUGAUCAGAUGAUACCCAUCAUCACUAGCAUCAUAACAACCACAGAAGCUACAAGUAGGCAAUUCAUGACAAGUGUCAAAAGUCCAAACAGAGAUGAGAUAACUUCGCAGGAAGCUAUAGCUGCCCAUUCUCUACAAGAUACUCAACUGGACAACAUCUUAAAAGCUACAACCAUAGAUGGACCUGGCAGUGAGUUCCAAGGGCGAAAGGUCUCGGUGUGGGAUCUGCUCUUCUCUAGCUACAUCCCUGAAGAGAAGAGACAGGAGCUCCUGGAGCUGUACAGAGCUGGGAUAUUAACCACGGACCAGGUGAUAACCGUGGUCACCACCCUCAUUAAGAAAAAAGAAGCUACAAGCAGGAAAUUUGUGAUUAAUGUGAAAACUCCCAGCAAAGACACGAUGACCUUAGAGAAAGCUGAGGACAUUGACUUACAUGAAGAUAAAAAACUGGAAAAGGCCUUAAAGUCUACCCUGGUGGAGAUGCCGGCGGGCGAGUUCCACGGGCGAAAAGUCUCUGUGUGGGAUUUGCUCUUCUCUAACUACAUCCCCGAAGAGAAGAGACAGGAGCUCCUGGAGCUGUACAGAGCUGGGAUAUUAACCAUGGACCAGGUGAUAACUGUCGUCACCACCAUCGUAACCAAAAUAGGAGCAACAAGGAGAAAACUAGCAACAAAUGUGCACAGUCCAAGUGCAGAGAGGGCCCCAUUGCAGGAAGCUGAUGCUGCCUAUUCCGAGAGAAAUGAAAAUCAGGAAAUGGUCUUAAAGUCCACGACAGUCGACGGGCCACGGGGCGAGUUCCAAGGGCCAAAGGUCUCUGUGUGGGAUCUGCUCUUCUCCAAAUAUGUCCCUAAGGAAACAAGACAAGAGCUUCUAGAGAAACACAGAACAGGGACGCUCACCACUGAGAAAAUGAUAACCAGCCUCACCACCAGCGUCUCACACGCUCUGGAGGAGGGUCUCUCUCCAGAUAACCAACAAAUACUGAAUCUCCUACAGUCUGACUCCUAUGUGACAGUUGGCCAGUUCCAGGACCAAAGGGUUUCUGUCUGGGAACUUCUCUCCUCUAAAUGUGUCUCCCAGUACAAUCGAGAGGUGCACUUGGAUACAUACAAUGCAGGGAGGUUAGCUGUUAAUGAGAUUACAAUCACCACCACCGUCAUUACAGGAUCAGAGGGUAAGAAAGGGGCUGCCAGGAACAGUGAACAGCACUAG